AUGGCAGACGGGGAUACCAUCUACAAGACAGAACAUGAUAUGUGCGCACCAAAUGUUUCAUCGGAGGAAGGUCCCGUCGGACCAAACGGCCCUGGAAACCCCCCGGGAGAGCCGCCAAAGAAGAAGAGGAGAGUUACAAAACCGAAUCCAGACAAAAAAUUCGAGUGUAAACAUGAGGGAUGCGGUAAAAGCUAUUCCCGUGCAGAGCAUCUCUACCGACACCAGCUGAAUCACACCCCUAAAACUAUCUACCGUUGUGACUACCCAGAAUGCAGCAGAUACUUCGUGCGGCAAGAUCUUUGUAUUCGACACCGAGAGCGACACACAACCCAUGGAUCUCAACUGCAUAAACGAGAUGCCUUUGCCCAGUCCACAAACCACCAGGCCGUGCCUCCGAUCCCUCGUCAACAACACCUCGGUCAGGCCCCCAAAUACCACAUGUCGGCCCCGAACAUGAAGAGCCCUCAACAAGAGGGACCACCCCUUGGUGUGCCGCCCGGAUACCAUCCUGAUGCCGGCAAUUUCAAACAGCAUUCUCGUAUUUCCAGCAGUACUGUCUCUCCCUCGACAGCAUCGACCGAACCGCGAUUUCAUCCACCCACGCCGCAGACGGUAAUGGCCAAGCCAGAGCCUCCCUUGCACCGGACCACCAGCAACGGGAGCAAUCCUUUGAGUCCCGUGCAAAAACAAGAAUCCGUAUCAUGGCCGACCAUGGUCCGGAGAGAGAGUUUCAACACCGGGGAUCUGAAUCGGGCCCAGGUCCCCUACGCCCAAACGCAACCCAGAGACAGGAUGUCGGGGCCCAAUGUCCCGCAAUCUCCCGUCCGACAAUAUUCAUCCUCAUCCGCUACCACCCUCCAGCCGGUAAAAUCGAAUUCUGAGGGUGCGAUGGAUAGAAAUGCCUCGAAUACCUACAUGCAGCAAGUGGACAUGGCGUCCGCCGCGGCCUAUUCUUCAGCGGGAUACCAAUCUGCAGGCGCGUCCCGAGCUGCAGACGCCGCCUUUGCCGCCGCGGUCACUCACGGACUGACAAGGGGCGAUCCUUAUCCGUACCCGGUGAUGAGCACGAGCAUGUCCAAUAUUGAUGUCAAUGCUGGUUACGGAUUCCCCGUCUUCGGCGGCGAUGAAUACAACCAGACACCCUUUGCCGUCGCGGAUGACUUUACACAGUGGCUCUUCAACGAUGCCCAGUCUGGCUCUACGGAUUUCUCGCCUCCCAAUUAUGUACCUGGUUACAGCGGGCACGAUACACAGACGAUGCAAGGUCCUUACGUGUCUCAAAGCCCGAUUUCCAGCAAUACGUACCCAACAAAUACAUUACAGCAUCCGAUGAGUGUGACCAGCAUCCUCGAUUCAACUGCCACCAGCCAAUAUAUAAUGUCCGAGUCCAAACGCCAGGAACUUCUCGACCUAAUGCAGACCCAAUUCAUCGAACGUCCGCACGACGCCGUCAAGAAGCGAAAAGAUUCGGUUUUCGAGGGAGAUAUCGAUAGCGACGGUCAUAUCCUAAGUCUGCGAAUGAUGCACACCUACAUUGGCUCUUACUGGUAUCAUCAACAUGCGCAGCUACCCAUAUUGCACAAACCAACCUUUUCGGCCGAUCGGACCCCAAACUUGCUGCUCCUGGCGGUCAUUGCAAUUGGCGCUGCCACGUUGGACAAAGCAUAUGGCACGUCCUUGACCGAUUCUGCCGCGGAAUUUGCCAACUUUGUCGCGUGGCAUAUUCGCUGGGAGAUUAUACGAGACGCAGAUUUCAGACCGCCUGCUAAAUUGUGGGUAUUCCAGACCCUACUACUCAUCGAGGUCUACGAAAAGAUGUACGCCACCAGGGCAUUGCAUGAGAGAGCGCACAUUCACCACGACUCCACGUUGACCUUGAUGCGACGAGGAAGCUCCCUGCUAGGUCGAUCCGCGUCCGAUUCACCCCCCAGUCUCCGAGGCGAACAAGAUACUGGAAAGAUAUCGGUUCCCUUUUUAGGAAGUGAAUCCACAAAAUCGGAAGAGUCUUGGUACCGUUGGAUCACCACGGAAGCAACACGCCGUGCCGCCUUUGGAGCAUUCGUGAUUGAUUCUAUCCAUGCCACGAUGUUUGGUCACGCGGCAAAAAUGGUUGCGCAUGAAAUGCGGUUACCCUUACCGUGUGACGAGGGUCUUUGGUCCGCGGUUUCUCCUGCAGAAGCAGGUCGGGUCCAGUCAUCGUUACAGACGAACGGGAUCAAACCCACCAUGUUCCUUGAUGGUCUCAAGAAAACGUUGAAUGGGCAGAGGGUGCGCACAAACUCUUUCGGACGGACUAUCAUCAUGGCCGGUUUACUCUCAGUUUCUUGGCACAUGACACAACGUGAUCUGCAAAUUUCUUCGCUCGGACCACGAACGGCAAAUUCUUUUGGCGGUCCAGACAAGUGGAAAGGAACCCUGCUGCGCGCAUUUGACAAUUGGAAACGAGAUUUCGAUGAAGCUCUGGCCGAAGCCACUCCGGCCCCGUCGUCGCCAUUGAGGACUCCGGCAGCGCCACUUCACAGCCUCCUUCGACCGGUGGACGAUGAAAAUAUCUUCGAAUCCCGAACCGUCUUGCAUCACCUCGCCCACAUCGCCGCACAUGUCGAUGUUGUCGAUUGUCAAGUCUUCGCCGGCGCUAAUCGACUUCUGGGGCGUUCCAUCACCCCUAAGGACUACAGCGUGAUUCGGGAAAAGAUUGAACGCUGGGCAACUAAAGCGUCAGCACGAGAUGCGGCAUUCUACGCUCUAAAAUUUAUUACCCAAGUUCUGAUACCACCGGAUGACGGCAUAGACGGCCUCAACAGUCGCUUAUAUGGCCAUGCCAGCCCGAUUCUCCCUCAGGCCUUUGAGCAGAAUCAAUAUGUGGCUCGAGAUGAUUUUCUGUUGAAUCGCCCCUGGGUACUCUACAUCUCCGCCCUGGUCGUCUGGUGCUACGGAUUUGCUCUGGAAGGACCGAUCAAGCCGCCCCCACGGGAAGAAGAUUUCGCCACAUAUCUUCAGAAAGAACAGGACAUGCGCGAAUACCUCAAUCGAGUGGCGGGGGUAAGGGCUCCCGAUGAUCUAGAGAACGUCAAGGGAAAGAAUCGAUGCCUCGGUCUUCUGAUGAUUUUGAAGGAGUCGUUUGAAAGCACUAGGUGGGAGUUGACCCAUGAAGCUGCCGGAUUGCUGGGCAAUGCAUGCUUGAAACUCCAAGGUGUUGAAGAAGACAGAAUUGUGGGCCCUGGAAGCAGUGGGUUGUCAAACUCAGACUUCUCCCUGGGCAAUUCCAAUGGCUAUGGCCAUGGGAAUGGAAAUGGACAUUCCCGUCCAGUUAUUUAUCGUGAGGGCAGCCGGGGGCAUCUCACCGUGGCCAAUGCAGCAAGAGUAUAG